AUGUUUGCCAGGCAAUGCACGUGCCGGCUUCGAAAUGCGCGCCUCUACUCAACAAUAGCCACCACCAAUGAUGCCUGGCCGCUCCUCACACGGCGCGACACCCCCCGAAAGAGCACCAAGUCAAGCUCCAAGGAGGACAGCAACGAACAUAAGCUCCAGCAUGCAUUCCGCAACACAACCCGCACGAAACCCUCUACAUGCCACCUCGUGAUAUCUGGGCUGAGCCCCCACGUUCGCCCGGCCGACUUUUACCGCAGCCCCGGCUCUGGCCUCGCUGGCUGGAAGAUUGCGCCUACCCAUGUCCUGCAGGAUCGCAAUCACCGCACAUUCGAACCGACAGGCUGCUUCAUGCUGGCCUUUGAAGACGCCGCCCACCGUGACAGCUACAAGGCGCAGCUCUCCUCGUCGUCGGCGACGAUUGCGCCUCCCCAUUCAAACCUCUACACCGUCCACGACUCAAAACCUCCACGGUUGGCAUGGACACACCACCUAAGAAAGAUUCUUAAAGAAGAUGGAUACGGUGAGACACCAUCCGCCGUCCUGUUCCAUCUGUCGUCGCCACGUGUAUCGCCUGCUCUAGUACGGACCCUUGUCGACGACGACUCGGCGGCCCGCGACUGCGCUUGGCGGGUGUCAAAGCCCCAUCAUCUCUGGGACUACCGGGAUGGUAGAAAGGCCGACGAUGCAGACGUUGAUCCAGAGGGCAAGGUCUACCCGAGCUGGGUCAAGCUACGUUCGCGGUUCGUCUUUUCUUGCGAGGAUGAGGACGAGGCACGGCGCUUCCAGCGGCGAUGGAAUGCCGUGUCCAUCGAUGGAGAAGAGUUGGAUUUACCAGGAGACCGAGUAACUAUCUCAGCAUCACUGAUUCAGUGGUAA